AUGGCUGAACCAAAUGCUCUUGCUGAGGCUUUAGAGAAGCUUGCUAAGAUCCUCGCAGAGUCCAACUCCAACUCUGGGGCCAUCGUUCCUCGACAGGAAGUGUCUCAGAAGCUCGAAAUGUCGCCUCUGGACAUGAAGCUAGAGGGGGCCACAAAUUAUUUGAGCUGGUCCAGGAGGGCUUUGUGGGCUGUUGAGCAAAAGGAGCUUCAUGGAUAUUUGUUGGGCACCAUUGCAGAACCAGGAGACAAGAGUAGUGCAGAGGGAAAAAGGUGGAAGGUUAUCAACUCUGUACUUAUGGUGUGGUUGUUGAACUCUGUCGUGCACUCCAUUGGACGCUCUGUGGAGGGGCUAUCCACGCCUACUGAGAUAUGGAAGAUUCUGUCCAUCCAGUACUCUGGCAAGGGCAAUGUCAUGCUCAUUGCUCAAAUUGAGGACAAAUUUAGGUUGUUGCGCCAAGAGGAUGGCAUGUCAGUGAUGGCAUGCGUCGCAGAACUGCAGGCUCUGUGGGCAGACCAGGAUAAUUGUGAUUCUCUAGAACUCUAUGAUGCAGCUUUAAUCGAGUCAGGGCACAAGUGGAUGGCACGCAGGCGUGUGCUGAAACUUUUGGCUGGCCUCAAAGGUUGCUUUGAUGGUAGGAAGGCUUCCCUGCUGCACCAACCUAGUCUACCUACCAUUGCUGAGGCUAUUGCAACAAUGACUCAAGAGGAGGUGCGCCUAUCUUUUGAGCAUGCAAACGUGAAGGUUGUCCCGGCUUCGACAUUUGCAGUCACUGAGCGCAUGGAGUGGGGAGAUCCCGCCAAAUGUCAUGUCGAUGGGGAGGUGCGACAGACGAGCCAGACGGUUGGGACUGGCACCAGGUGUAGAGGGCUCUGGUACAUGGACCAGGAGGUGCAGCCAGACUUGGUGUGUGCUGCGACCAUGGAGGACAAGGAGAAGCAGGCGAUGAUCCAUCACUCUUAA